UAUAGCCAACGUACCCAUAUGGCUGACGAGCAAUGGAGCGUGCCGAUGGUGGUGCAAGAGCUGGCAGCCAGCGUCAAGGAGCCGCCAAGUCAGUACGUCUUGGGGGAGCAAAACCGUCUGCUUGUGGUGGAUCAGAUGACAGAGUCUGUCCCUAUCAUCGAUCUCAGCCGUCUGGCGGCCGCCGACGAGGCUGACAAGCUCCGGGCGGCUCUGCAGAGCUGGGGGCUCUUUCAGGUUACAAACCAUGGCAUAGAGUCCUCUCUGAUGGAUGAUGUGAUCACCGCAUCUAAAGCAUUUUUUCACCAGCCCCUGGAAGAAAAACAGAAAUGCAGCAACCUACUGGACGGUAAGCAUUUCCAGGUGGAAGGAUACGGCAAUGACCAAAUUAAAACCCAGCAUCAAACCCGGGACUGGUCCGAUCGACUGCAUCUCAAAGUGGGGCCAAAGGAUGAGAUAAAUCUCGCUAAUUGGCCCAAACAUCCCGAAUCAUUCAGGUCAGUACCUCCGGGAGAAUCUUUGAGGAAUGUUCUACAAGAGUACACAGCAAAAAGCAAGAGGAUAAAACACAUUAUCCUUGGGACAAUGGCCAGGCUUCUCGAGCUUGAGGAAGAUUACUUCCUUAACCAAUUUAGCGACAGGGCUCCCACAACUGUUAGGAUCAACCACUACGUGCCAUGUCCGACACCUGAUAUGGUCCUUGGCUUCAAGGCUCACUCGGACGACGGCGUUCUCGCGACUCUUCUCGUGGACAACGAUGUUGCUGCGCUGCAGGUUCUCAGAGACAGCGUGUGGUACAGCGUCCCGACCAACCCUCGUUCCUUGCUGGUCAACAUAGGAGACUUCAUGGAGGUAAUGAGCAAUGGGAUAUUCAAGAGCCCAGUCCACAGGGUUGUGGCAAAUGCUGAGACAGAGAGGACCUCCAUAGCCAUGUUCUACGGCCUAGAUCCUGAGAAGGUGAUCGAGCCAGCGGCUGAUCUGUUGCAUCAGAAGCAACCGGCACGGUACAAGAAAGUGAAAACCAAAGAUUACAUGGCCGGAUUCUAUGAACACUUUGCUCGAGGAACUAGGGUUCUCGACUCUAUGAAGGUCUAAACAAUCAUCUAGGAGUAACUCAGAAGCAACUAAAAUCAAGGAUAAAUGAAGUAUUCUCAUUCUGGGUAUAAAUUCUAGUUGUAUUUGGCUAAAGGCAGUCAGUUCUCUUUGAAUAAAGGCAAGUGGAAUUGUGGGGUGUAUACAUUAUAUCCAUAAAGGGUUAAAUCAUGCUAUGUACUCACUCUGUUUCACCGGAGCUGUCUCUAGCAUCGGGAAAACAUUGUUAAAAUACCUCCGCGCUAGUUCUUGUAACAUUGCACUUUUUACUUAUAUUUAAUGGUUCCAUAUA